AAACGUGGAGAAUAAUGAAACGGUGGCAGUCCUGCUUUAAAAGCGAACGUCAAUUUUGUAAACAAUUGUCUUAGUAAAAUUUGUGUUUUUAGCCUCUAUAAUUUAUAAUUAAAAGAAAAAAGUACUUGCACAGCAUGCCUUGCUGGUAUUACGAUAAAAAGGAAUUGCGCGAUACGCCGUCCAUCCUGGAUGGGACAUCAUUGGAGACAGAACGGCGGUAUCGCAAAGAAGGUGCGCGCUUUAUUAUGAAUUGUGGCACACAAAUGGGAUUAGGUCACAACACAAUGGCCACCGGCGUAGUAUACUUUCAUCGAUUCUAUAUGUUUCACUCCUUUAAAAGCUUCCCACGAUAUGUCACCGCUUGCUGUUGCCUCUUUCUCGCUGGUAAAGUUGAAGAAACUCCAAAGAAAUGUCGAGACAUUAUUAAAAUAGCAAGAACUCUGCUUUCGGAUAAUUAUUUUUACUCCUUUGGUGAGGACCCAAAAGAGGAGGUAAUGACGCUGGAGCGCAUUUUGCUGCAAACUAUUAAAUUUGACUUGCAAGUAGAGCAUCCCUACACGUUCCUACUAAAAUAUGCCAAAUGUUUCCGUGGUGAUCAAGUAAAAUUGCAAAAGAUGGUACAAAUGGCUUGGAAUUUUGUAAAUGACUCCUUAAGCACUGUUGUGUGUUUGCAAUGGGAACCUGAGAUAAUAGCAGUUGCGUUAAUACAUCUGGCCAGUAAGUUGAGCAAAUUCACCGUCGUCGAUUGGGUGGGACGUCAGCCGAGCCAUAAUCGGUGGUGGGACAUGUUCGUUUCUGAUGUGACAAUGGAGAUACUCGAGGAUAUAUGCCAUCAAGUUUUGGAUUUAUAUCAGCCCAAUCAAAAAGAGACACCGGAGUCGAAUAGUCCACCUCAAAAACCGCCAAGUCGAGCGGACAGCCCUACCCCCACAAAACCUGUUAUUACAACGGCAAGUACUGGUUCGCCAGCUGCCAAAGUAAAACCGCCACCGCCCAGUACUUUUAACGCAGUAACCGCAAUUUCUGCUGCUAUACCAACUGUUGGAGAGCUUAGCAAUAUUCAAACUAUCAAGUCACUUGCUAACUCUUGUCCAAUAGUGCCAACAGCUGGUGAGCCAGCUGCAAUACCAACUGUGGGUAUGGCAUCAACUUAUCACAAUAUGUACCCGCCGCCACCAUCUGUGACGCAUCAAAUACAUUCACUUUAUAGCACAUCGGCUCCAGCGCCACCACAACCACCCACACAACAUUACGGUGCUCCGGGAGGUCCACAAAGUGUCGUUCCGCCGCCACUUCCACCACCAAUGGGGCCCUACGGUAUGGCAGCAGCACCAGGUUGGGGAGGCCCAGCAUUGAACUCCAAUUCGCAUUACCCAGCAAAUGUGCCACAACCAAUGCCACCAGGGUCAAGCGGUGGUGGCGGAGGUUCAUCUCAGCAUGGCUACCAGGGAUCGUCGCAAUAUUCCAGGCGCAAUUACCUGUGAUUUAUAAUUUGGUACUUCCUAAAAUACAUGUAUUUAUAUGCAGGCACUUUUAAAAAUGUAUCAAUUUUCAAUGCCGGUGUGUAUGCAUUUAAAAAUAAGAAAGAUGUUAAUAUAAAGAACAAAAAAAGUUGUA